CCUGGUGUGGAAAAACUGUGGAAUGUGGUGGGAAUGUCGGCGCUCCGCCCGCCCGGGCUGCGAAGAAACACACACCCAACGUGCACUCCUUACUUUGUUAUUACCUCGCGCUGUUUAAAAGACAUAAAUUGCAGUCUGUGGUCAGUUUAUUACACAGGUCUGAUCAAAGGUUCGAUGUGUGAUGAAAAUACGCGGAUCGGGAGGCGUGUUUCCAUCAAACCUGACAGAAAGAGAGGUCUGCUGCUGCGCGAGCAUCUGCUUCUGAAGACAUGAAGAUCACAGACCGAGUGCUGCGGAGCUUCAGAGUCGCAAGGACGUAUAAAAAGAGUCCGCAGAAGAUCAACUGCGUGGAUUACAGUCCAAACGGAGAACAUGCAAUCUCCAGCAGCGACGACGACUGCAUCGUGCUGUACGAUAUCCGGGAGGGGACAGAAACCAGUGUCUUGUACAGCAAGAAGUACGGAGUGGACCUCAUCAGAUACGCACAUCAAGAUUCCCAGACUGUGAUCUACAGCUCCAACAAACUGGAUGAUACCAUUCGAUACCUCUCACUGACAGACAACAGAUACAUCCGAUAUUUUCCUGGACACACAGCACGGGUCACCGCUCUGUCCAUGUCUCCAGUCGAUCAGGCGUUUAUCUCUGGCUCGUUAGACGAAACUAUCCGGAUCUGGGAUCUUCGCGCUCCGACCUGCCAGGGUUUGACAAAUCCGCUGGGGAAGCCUGUGUGUUCGUUUGACCCUGAAGGGCUGAUCUUUGCAGCAGGGGUGGAAUCGCAGGCGGUCAAACUGUACGACCUUCGUGCAUUUGACAAGGGUCCCUUCGGCUGCUUUAAGACUCGCUUUAAUCGCAGCUGUGACUGGACCGGACUCAAAUUCAGCAGCGACGGGAAAAUGAUUCUCAUCUCCACCAACGGAGGGAUGAUCCGCGUCUUGAACGCUUUCAACGGAUCCGUGCUGCACACUUUCUCAGGCUACAACAACAGCCAAGGUGUCUCCCUGGAGGCCUGCUUCACUCCCGACUCACAGUUUGUCAUGAUCGGCUCAGAGGACGGGAGGGUCCACGUGUGGAGCACCGAGAGCGGCAUGAAGGUGGCCGUGCUGGACGGGAAGCAUUCGGGACCCAUCAACACUCUGCAGUUUAACCCCAGAUACAUGACGUUCGCCAGCGCGUGCAAGAACAUGCUGGUGCUGGAUUCGUGCAGCGAGCCCACACAGAGCUGGGACAAGGAUUACGACCAGUUCCUGCUCCCUCUGCUCGCCCCUCAGGAGCCCUGCUACAUCCUCUACCGGCUGGACUCCCAGAAUGCACAGGGAUACGAGUGGAUCUUCAUCGCUUGGUCCCCAGAUCAGUCACCAGUCAGGCAGAAGAUGGUGUACGCAGCGACCCGUGCCACACUGAAGAAGGAGUUUGGAGGAGGGUACAUCAAAGACGAGCUGUUCGGCACGGUGGAGGACGACCUGUGCCUCCAGGGAUACCUGCGACACAAGUCCUCCUGCUCCUCGCCGGCUCCUCUCACGGCGGCCGAGCAGGAGCUACAACGAAUCAGAGUCACAGAGGAAAGAUUAAAGCGCACUGAGGCCAAGCGAGCUCUGCAGCAACUCAAGCAGAAGCGCAUCAACUACAUACAGCUGAGGCUGGACGUGGAGAAAGAAACCAUUGAGCUGGUUCACACCACACCUACAGAAACCCACGAGCUUCCCUUCAGGAUUCCCACCGAUUCGCCGAGAUACCACUUCUUCGUCUUCAAACACUCCCACCAGGGCCAGCUGCAGGAAGCGCUGGUGUUUAUAUAUUCGAUGCCUGGGUACAGCUGCAGUAUCAAAGAGCGGAUGCUGUACUCCAGCUGUAAGAACCGUCUACUGGAGGAGGUGGAGAGGGACUACCAGCUGGAGGUCACCAAAAAGAUGGAGAUUGACAAUGGAGACGGACUGACAGAAGAGUUCCUGUAUGAGGAGGUCCACCCGAUGGAGCACACCUUGAAGCAGGCGUUCGCCAAGCCGCGGGGACCAGGAGGGAAGAGGGGCAACAAGCGCCUCAUCAAGGGCGCAGGAGAGAACGGAGAGGAAAACUAGAC